CUAGUACGGGCCCGUCGACCGGGGGUUACCAGUGGCAAACAAUCCGUCGAAGUAGUUGCAGACGGCCAAAGAGGCAUAAGGAGAGAGGGAAGCUCUCUUUGACUACAUGUUCGAUGUCCGGCCCGGGUCCAAGGAAACCCUUGGAUUCGUGGUGGUGUCUUCCCACCAAGGCCGGGCAUUCCUUUGUGGCCUUCCACCCUUUAACAAGAAGUGGAAGGACAAAUAUGUCUGUGUUAAAUUCCCCCCGACUGCCUUUCCUUUUGCCCAAAACGUCUGGGGAAAAAGGAUGAAGCGCCAGGUCAAACCAGCGGAGGCCGACGACCUGGUUGCUUGGGAAGCCACUCUCCGGGCCGGGGACGCCUCCACCCGCGGUCUGUACCACGUUGGGAAGUGGAGCGUCUACCCCGGCCGGGAGACUGAUCCCGAACCGGAGAUUGUUCUGCCCGGGGCGAUCCCCGAAGCCAUCCCCAUCCGCCUGGCGAGGGGAUCCAAAGCCCCGGCCACUACAAAUGCCGGUCCUUCACGCCCGGCGAAGAAGAAGAAGGAGAAAGGUCAAUCAACCGCCCUUCUCAUUUUUCAUUUGAAUCAAUUUGUUCUCAACUUCAUUCUUCUAACCGGUUCCAUUUUUGUUUCAGUGGUGAAGUUCCAAUCCAAGUUCGCCGUCCCAGAGAUACUGCUUGAGGAGCCCAUCACUGCUCAGCCCAUCAACCCUCCAUCCAGCCAGCCCUUCUCCCUGGAAGAGCAACCAACCCAAUCCCAUCAGGGGACCAACCAGCCCAUUCACUCAGGGGAUCUCUACAUCAAUGUAGAUACCUUCGAGUUCGACACCCUGAUGGGGGAGGCCGGGCACACAUCCCAAGCUGGGAGGGCAGGCCAGCCCAACGAGGAGGGCGAAGCCGAGGAAGAGGUAGCUGAGGAGUCUCUCCAACGGAAGAGGCGGAGGACCGAAGAGGUCAACCAGCCAGCUCACCAAAGCCCCAGUCCUCCGACGCCAGCAAGGGGCCCAUUGUGCCUCGUUCUGGGCUCCUGAUGUCCCGGUCGAACGAAGAGCUUUUCCAAGCUUUUCGGGCCGACCUGAAUGAGGUAAUUCCCCUUUCCUUUUCCUUAUUGUUUUUGUUUUUUACUUGUCUGAGAAACUCUCCAUGUCUUUAAAGCAGGUCGGCCGGAUCGGGGAGGAGUACUUUGCCCGGCUGGUGAAGUCGAUG